CUCCACCUCUACACCGAGCAUAAAGGCAUCAUGGAGUUGAGGCGAAGAAGCAGCCUCUCGUCCACUCUUGAUUCCUGGACUUGACCAACUGCCACCAUGUCCGCCACUGCGUACCUUCCCUUCUCCGAACCACCCUACAUCGUCGGUCUUCCAUCCCCGUACUACAAAGAGACGCAUCUGAAAUGGCAGAAAGCAUGUCGCCAGUUCGUGGAGAAGCAUCUACUAGAGAAAGCAUUAGAAUGGGAUACAAAUGAGACGGUGCCGGAGCACGUGUGGGACACGUUUGCAAAAGCGAACAUGUUGCUUCCCACACUUCCAGCUCCUUUGCCGGUGGAAUGGCUGAAGAAGCUGGGUAUUCACGAUAUCCUUGGCGUGGUGAAGGUCGAGGAGUGGGACUACAUUCAUACGAUGAUCUAUACUGAUGAGAUGCAACGGAGUGGUCUCGCAGGGCCCCCCGGUUCUCUCACUGUCGGUGUCUCGUUCGGCUUACCGCCAAUCAUCAAGUACGGUAACAAGCAACUGCAAGAGCGCUUCCUUCCAGAACUUCUUACCUGCAAGAAGCGAAUUUGUAUCGCCAUUACUGAGCCCGAAGCUGGAUCGGAUGUUGCAAACAUUACGACGACGGCUGAAAAGACGGCUGAUGGAAAGCACUACAUCAUAAACGGCAGCAAGAAGUGGAUCACGAACGGAAUCUGGUCGGACUAUGCUACUAUGGCUGUGAGAACUAGCGGUCCCGGACCGACUGGCUUGUCCAUGGUAGUCGUACCUCUGAAAGGAUAUCCGGGCGUUAGCAUGCGACGCAUUAAGGUUGGCGGUAACAUAAGCUCAGGCACGACCUUCAUCGAGCUUGAUGACGUCAAAGUACCAGUAGAAAACCUUGUUGGGGAAGAAGGAAUGGGCAUGAAGUACAUAAUGACGAACUUCAACCACGAACGGCUUUCUAUCGCUAUCGGCGCAACCCGCCAAGCCCGCGUCGCCCUAUCUGCGGCAGUAGAAUACGUGCUUAAACGCGAAGCCUUCGGCAAACCGCUUGUCGACCAGCCUGUGGUACGCCACCGCCUUGCCAAGGCUGGUGCUCUGCUAGAGUCACAGUGGGCGUGGGUGGAGCAAUUUGUAUACCAGAUGGUACAUCUGCCCAAGGCGACAGCAGAUAUCGAGCUGGGUGGUCUGACGGCCAUGGUGAAGGCGCAAAGUGGCAUUGUGCUGAACGAGUGCGCACAGACGGCGCAGCUGCUGUUUGGUGGUAACGGAUACACAAAGAGUGGGCAGGGAGAGCUAAUAGAGAGGAUCUCUCGUGAGGUUCCAGGUAUACGGAUACCUGGUGGUUCUGAGGACGUGAUGCUAGAUCUUGGAGUCCGUCAAUUGGUGAAGAAUUUCAAGAGCAAGACCAAGGCUAUGGAGAGGCCAAAGGGGACAUGGAAGCUGUAGCAAGGGUACUGUUGACGCUUGGAGACGAUGGUUUGAUCUUGGCAUUUCAUUACGUAACAUAAGUCAUGAGUUCAGCUGUAUUGAGAAGAUAGCAGAUAGUCAAUCGAGCUUCAUAGUUGGC